AUGACCGUCGUUUCUGUCCCGCAGCGGGAGCCGCUUGUUCUGGGCGGCCGCCUUGCGCCUAUGGGCUUUUCCGCCCGCGGUUACUUCGGGGCCCUCCCGAUGGUGACCACGGCUCCACCGUCUUUACCCCGGAUCCCGGACCCCAGGGCGCUGCCCCCUACCCUUUUCCUCCCUCACUUCCUAGGGGGAGACGGUCCGUGUCUGACCCCUCAGCCUCGCGCCCCGGCACCUCUGCCCAGCUGCAGCCUCGCCACGGUGGGGGGCACCCCUCGGGCAGCACCGAAGAAGCGGCGAAAGAAGAAAGUGAGGGCCAGCCCGUCGGGGCAGCUUCCCAGCCGCUUCCACCAGUACCAGCAGCACCGGCCAAGCCUGGAGGGCAGGCGGAGCCCCGCGACGGGCCACAGCGCAGCGCAGCAAGUCUCGGACCAGGCCGCCGCCUGGGCCCCGGCUCCUGCGACCGCAACCCGAACUGAGGAAGCCAGCCCUUUCCUUGGCCCGCUGCCGCCCGCGGCUCCCGGACAGCCCUCGUUCAGAAGAGAGGUUUUAAAAUCAAAGAUGGGAAAAUCGGAGAAAAUUGCCAUUCCCCACGGCCAGCUUGUUCAUGGUAUACACUUGUGUGAACAACCAAAGAUAAACAGACAGAAAAGCAAAUAUAAUUUACCACUAACCAAGAUCACCUCUGCAAAAAGAAAUGAAAAUAACUUUUGGCAGGAUUCUGUUUCAUCUGAUAUAAUUCAGAAGCAGGAAAAAAAGCCUUUUAAAAAUACCGAGAACAUUAAAAAUAAGCAUUUGAAGAAAUCAGCAUUGCUAACUGAAGUGAGCCAAAAGGAAAAUUAUGCUGGGGCAAAGUUUAGUGAUCCACCUUCUCCUAGUGUUCUUCCAAAGCCUCCUAGUCACUGGAUGGGAAGUACCAUUGAAAAUUCCAACCAGAAUAGGGAGUUGAUGGCAGUACACUUAAAAACUCUCCUAAAAGUUCAAAGUUAGAUUUCAGUAUGUAUGUAAAACAUAGUUUUUCCAAAAUCCCUGGACUCUUGAAAAAGAAAUGUGGUACAGAAAUGGAAAGUUGCCUUGUUGCAACAUACAAGUGCAAAAGAUGAGUUUUAAAAAUUACAAACAGCUUGUAUUAUAUUUUAUAUUUUGUAAAUACUGUAUACCAUGUAUUAUGUGUAUAUUGUUCAUACUUGAGAGGUACAUUAUAGUUUUGUUAUGAAAGUAUGUAUUUUGCCCUGCCCAAAUGGUAGGUGUUUUGUAUAUAAACAGUGGAGAAAUUUUAAGUGUGCUAAGGCACAUGGAAGACCGAUCUAUUUGCACAAGGUACUGAGAUUUUUUUUCAAGAAACAGCUGUCGAAUCUCAAGGUGAAGAUCUAAAUGUGAACAGUUUACUAAUGCACUACUGAAGUUUAAAUCUGUGGCACAAUCAUUGUAAACAUGGAGUUUGUCUGUGUUUCUCUAAAUUGAUUUCUGCCUUCUAAUAAUCUGUAAUUACUGGAAAACAACUUCCCAUUUUUUACCAAAUUUAGUUUCUGGUUUUUGGUUUAUAUCCAUUCAAAUUUAAAAAUUUAAUGCCAACAAAAUCGGUUGUAAUCAAAUUUUUAAAUAAUAAUAAUUUGGCCCCCCCCUUUUAAACUA